CGAAACAGGUGACUCUCCGUUAAGCUCCAUGCUUUACUUAUCAAACUAUAUGAAACCCUUAUUUGUGUUUCUGCUCUUCUGUCAUGUUGCAUCUACAGUGAAACACUCACUGAAAUAUUUCAGUACUUCAACUUCCGGAGUCCCAAACUUUCCAGAGUUUGUGGCUGUUGCGAUGGUCGAUGAAGUCCAGGCGGGUUACUGUGAGAGCAACAUGAAGACCCCGGAGCCCAGACAGGACUGGGUGAGAGAUUUGAUAAAGGAUGACCCAAAACAGCUGGAGUGGUAUUCUCUGCAGUGUAUCCGCGCUCAGCACUCCUUCAGAGCCAACAUUGACGACUUGAAGCAACGCUUAAACCAAACUGGAGGCAUCCACAUUUUACAGAGGAUGAGCGGCUGUGAGUGGGAUGAUGUGACUGGAGAGGAGAUUGGUUUUAAUCAGUAUGGUUACGAUGGAGAGGACUUCAUUGCGUUGGACCUGCAGACGCUGACGUGGACUGCUUCAAAACAGCAGGCGUUCACCACCAAACUUAGAUGGGAUGCUGAUAAAACCAGAUUAGAGGACAAUAAACAUAACUUGAUCAACAUAUGUCCCAACUUCCUGAAGAAGUCCUUGCACUAUGGGAGGAGCUUUCUGCAGAGAACAGACCUUCCCUCAGUGUCUCUCCUCCAGAAGACUCCCUCGUCUCCAGUCAGCUGCCACGCUACAGGUUUCUACCCUGACAGAGCCAUGAUGUUCUGGAGGAAAGAUGGCGAGGAGGUUCAUGAGGACGUGGACCACGGAGAGAUCCUCCCCAACCACGACGGAUCCUUCCAGAUGAGCGUGGACCUGAACCUUUCAUCAGUCGCACCUGAAGAGUGGAGGAGGUACGACUGUGUGUUUCAUCUCUCUGGUUGGAAGGACGACAUCAUCACCAAACUGGACCAAGCAGUGAUCAGGACCAACCGGGUUCCAGGUUCUUCCUCUGAGUUUCCUGCUGGUUUGGUUGUUGGAGUUGUUGUAGGACUGCUGGUGCUCCUGGUGAUCUGCAUCACUGGACUCUUCAUCUGGAGGAGGAACAAUAAUGGGUUCCUGCCUGUUAACAGUAAGUAUUUAAAAUAGAUUUUCUAGUUUUUCCCCCUUGUGGACGAGAAACUUAAAUCCUGUUCACCAUAAAAUAAAUUUCCGCAUAAUGUGGACAGCAAUAUGUCAAGGAUUUGACUU